AUGACCGUAUCUGCCAUCCUACGUUGUGGUAAGAAUCUGCCAUCCAAUUUUGCCAGCAGAAGAUUAAUACAUUCUUCUGUUGUUCGUGGCGACAUGAUGGAUUGGUUUAGAAAGAAUAAGAAAGAUUCGAUUAAGCCUGUGGAGGAUACAAAAGAUAUUAUGAGGAAGAUUGAGGAAGACGGUGGUGCUGCUGUUUCAGCAGCAUCUCAAAGUGAAAGUACUAAAGGGAAAGUAAUGAAACUUAAUGCUGAUAAUUUCAUCGGUGAAGAGAUUGGUUAUGUAGAUAAUAGGGCUAGAAAGGAAGCAAUUGCCAAUGUGCGCUUCAACACUUGGUUGACUUCACAUAAGGUCAAGGAUGAGUUGGAAAUCAACGAAAUACUAAUCAGUGCUUAUAAUGAAUCAGUUUCCGAUGUAAGUAAUGCUCCUGUUUCUGAAAUCUCAGAUGCAGUUCUGAAGAAGGACUUUGAUGAUUUAGCUUUCAAGUUCAAGUUUACGAAGUUACUACAAUCAAAGACAGGUUACUUGAUACCAGACUACUUGUUAACUACCAUGAAGACACCAUUGGAAUUUAAAGAUUACUUUACUCAAGAAAUAUUAUCUGGUAAGCAGCAGAGAUUCAAAGAGUCCGAACCAAAUGCUAUUCAUUUGACUAACGAUACUUUCAAAUCAAAAAAUAUUCGUGUAUUGGAAGAUGUUCCUGGUAGAUUUCAAAAGAAGACUAAGAAUAAGGUGCUUUCUGAAUUGUAUCUACUGAAUUCUCAAUUAACAAAUGAGAAAAUUAAAAUUAACACUGAUUAA